AUGGGGGGUCCUGUCAUCUCCCGAAUGAACGCCACACGUUCGAGGAAGCCUCGCUGGACUAUUACGCGCCAUGACAGUCGAACCACCAGCAGAUACAUAUCAAAGUACAGCUGUCUCGAGAAAGUCUCAGAAGGCCUCAGACAGGCCUUGCAACACGACGUACAAUCGUUACAGAGUCUCUGUCUCACUUCUAAAGGUUGCCGCAACCUCGUGCAACCGAUUCUUUACGCUCAAGGCUUGGAGACCUCAUAUGCCUUGAAGGACUCUCCUCAAGACUGGAGCGCAAUUCUUCUUACGAGAACGCUACUCACGAACCCUCCUCUUGCGCAAAGAAUCACGUCGUUGUCAUUAAUGACCCUUUCUUGCGGGUCCGACUUGGGCAAGGCUAAGAUAAUCUGGAAUGCACGAAGGAAACGGUGGGCGCCUGUGGGAAGGAAACUCUUAACCUUCUUCACCCAUGAGGAACAGACGAAGCUUUUUGAUGUUCUUGGGAAUAUCUCCGAUAUCCUCCUGGAAUACAAGGCUAUCCGACCCAAAGGCAGCUUGUCCCUCGAGCUUCGGGAAGCUAUCUUCCCUGCACUGUUGUAUCUGUGCCCGAAUCUGAAGGAUAUACGUAUCGGUAGCGUAUUAGGUCCUUCGCAGCCCGAUCCGAUACUUAUAGCGAUUCGCCACUCUGGCCACAGCAUACCUCUCCUGAGGAAGCUUACAACAGUGACAUUAUAUCGGUGGCCUGACAUAACAAAUGUAUACCAGCGUGAAACGAAGCAACAACUACUAUAUACAUGGGACCUCCGAGAUCUGCUACAAAGCCAGUCACUAACCCACCUGCACCUCGACUGGAUCCAUUCGCGGCCAUUUCGUGGUCUCGACCUCGCCGUGAAAUCGAACCUACUGCACCUUGCAAUCCGAGGCUUAGUAGCAACCAAAGACCUGGUCAAGCUCCUCGAAUGCUGUCCCAGACUCCAACAUUUUGAGUAUGUAGUCAUGAUGGACCAUCCAGGACAGGAAUGGGAUUCCCGUGGCUUAGUCCCGGCUCUUUCAGAAGUUUCGCAGACACUUAAGUCACUCGCUCUCAUACUACCACCACCUACAACGCCCGAACCUGGGUGUAUACCCGAUCGACACCAGUACUAUGUUACCGCAGAUAUGGUCAAGGACGACCAUCAAGGCGAAGAGAUCUGUAGCCUCGCCCCGUUCUCUCGGUUGACUAGUCUUACGAUCGAUAUCCAAGAGCUAGCAAUGAUGGCAGCGCGGACAAAGAAUGGUCUUAUCCUUUCUUGUCUGCCGCCGAACAUUGAGGAGAUCAAGUUGAUAUCAGGGGUGUCUAUACUUGGUGCUUGUGACAUAUGCCAGUAUGAAUCUGUACUCUGCGCGACAUGCGAGGAAGACAGCAUCCUCAGUCACCUAGUAGAAGAGCUUUUAGACGAGGGCCUGGCGCACCAUGUUCCCAGACUUAGCAAAAUUUACGUGCCAAAGCGCAUUGAUCUCAGGCCCAAUACGGAACUUCAACGGCCUAGUCCACUGUUACCAUUUCGUAUGUCAGCAUCGAUCGAAAUAGUUCAGGAUCAAAGCGACACGAAGGUGUGGGAGCCAAUGCAAAUAGUUCUUUCCGACGCGGAUAUACGGACCGAGACAGAGGACUACCAGAAUAACAUGCACCAUGUGCAGGAUGGUGGAUUCGAGCCACCAUCUGAAGAUUCGGAUGAGGAAGAUGAUGGUUGA